AUGGUCUCAGCAGAUGACGUCUACACAAACUCCACCUUGCCACCAGGCAACUCCCCCAAUUUGAUCCUCGUCCCCGCAACGCCAGCGGAGCGGAUCGAGACGAUCAAACUCAACAGCGUUGCGUGGAAAGGUCCGCUGGAUAUCCCGACGUACAUCGAGCGAGAGAAUCAUCUCCACCAGCAACGGCUCGUGAAGGAUGGCUUGACCAAUUGGAUCCUCGUGGAUGGCAGAGAGCCAGAGGGGAAGAGGACUAUUCUGAGUUCGUGCGAGACGUAUCUCAAGAAGGCCUUCUUGGCGUACAGGGGACAGGUUGAAGACAUCAUCACACAUGGCAUUGGGAGCGUCUACUGUCGUCCCGAGUUCCGGGGGAAGGGUUACGCUCGACGGAUGCUGGAAGAGUUGAGUCGGAAACUCGACACGUGGCAGGUGGAAAGAAUGGGGAAGAGGAAUCGGUCUGUAUUCUCAGUGUUGUAUUCCGACAUUGGGAAGUCGUUUUAUUCCCAGUUCGGGUGGACUCCAUUUCCGUCGUCGCACAUUUCUCUCCUGCCCAUCUCCGAAGCUAAAUAUGAUUCUAUUCGGCCUGGGAGUUCCCCACAGGUUAGGGCUCUGUUUGCGGAUGAUGUGCGAAGUUGCAUGUGCAGUGACAAAACUGCGCGAAAGGAACGCGGGCUUCUGCAGGUGGAUUCAGAAAAAUCACCCGACGAGGCCAUAGUUGCUAUCGCCCCAGACUUCGACCACUAUAUCUGGCACUGGGCCCGAGAGGAGUUCUUCGUUAAAAAGCUCUUCCCGAAUUCCAGAACUGCUCCGCUUAUCAAGGGUGCCGGAGUGGACGGGGCCGGGGUGUACUGCGCUUGGAAUAGGAACUUCGGCGAGAAGCCUGAGGAGAAUACGCUUUAUAUUCUGCGCUGGGUGUACGAUGAACCUACAUCACCGGCAGAGAAGCAGGCCAAGAUCGAUGCCAUGGCUGCCAUCCUGCGAAGAGCCCAAUUCGAGGCACACGAGUGGAACAUGCACAGCAUUGAGUUCUGGAAUCCGACCCCGUUAAUGCAGGAGGCUGUUGCUCUCGUCGAUCCGACUGCCACCGUGGUGCAUCGCGAGAAGAGCAGUAUUGCCAGUCUAAAGUGGAACGGUGCUGAGCAGGGCCUAGGCAAUAAAGUUGAAUGGCGCUGGAAUGAGAAGUAUGGAUGGUGUUGA